ACAUGGUCUACAAGUCCCAUCUGCAAUUUUACAUCUUUUUAAUUUGACUUGCAUAAAAAUGUUAAAAGCACAUCCUUUUCAUGAUCGUACUCGUACACACACUCACAGGUAUGUCAAACAACUCGGAAUUUGGACAACAUAGUAUAGUAGGGGAACAUAAGGAACAUCGCAAUACCUAUAGUUCGGGUAAACAUCGUUCUUAUGUUUGGGACUAUUUUGACCUAUUACCGAUUGCACCCAAUGGGGACAAAAAAGCAAAAUGCAGUGCUUGCGGGCAGGUGUAUGUUACGGAUGCAAGAUCAGGGACAUCUAAUUUAAGACGACAUAUCCCUAAGUGUUUUGAUAUUGAUGAGCCUGGUCCGGCGAAAAAAGAAGUUAUCUGCUCAUAACCAUAGUAGUAUGAGGUUCACACCAUCACUCCAUUUGGAAUACAUCCGACUACCACCACUACCCAGUUUCCCUAAGAAGAAAAGCGGGAGACCCAGAAAGUCUCCCUCACCCGCGGUUGGAUCACCUAAUGAUCCAACUGCGUGUAUCCCACAAAAGAAAAGGGGGCAUCCUCAAGCGGAUGUUUACCAACACCCGGACUUAUCAAAACUCAAGCCUCCAUCGAGAUCAGGCGGGUUCAGAAUAGGUGAAGAGCUUGUCAACUUGCUAAAGAGUGCAUCAUCGGUAUUGAUAUCCGGUAUCAAAGAGGCUGCAAAUGCUAAUGAAAUGAUUGAUUUAUCGUCGAAAGCGUUUAUAUAUUUUGAUUCUAUUGGGAUUGAUUACAUGCCAGUGUACAAAGCCGUGUGUUCUGUUAUCCAUCGACAUUGCGACAAAGAGGCUUUAGCUAGACAGAAACCGCAUCAUGCGUUUGACACAAAGGCGUUGCACGAACAAGCGGCAUUCGAGUUCUCCGAGGCGAAAGAAAGAUAUGUUAGAGUUAAUAGGGAGCUUGAAGACGCGCAGUGUGAUUUUGAUGCAAUUACAGCUCACGUUAAGCGGCUAUAUGAAGAAAUACAAAAGGGAAAGGAGAAACAGGCGAAACUCGAGGCCAAAGUUGCCGCUGCGAAAGCUGAUAAAGUUACUUGUGAUGAGGCGUAUUCGAAGGCGAAAGCAAAGAUGGAAGAUUUAGCCCCGAAAAUGAGUGAGGCCCGGAAAGAGAUUGAACAGUUUGAAAGGCGAUGGAAGGAGACCGUGGAGGGAUUGAAUCGUGCGAUGGAGGAAACGUCGAGCCUUAUAAUAUAGUCUUUAACAGUUGGUUAGACAUUUUUAUACUUAACUGUUUUUUUGUCUAUAGUUUGUUUGGGAAUUAGUAUGUCUCCUUAAUGUUAGUUAAUCUUACUAGACUUGGUAUUGGAGUUUA